AUGAAGAACCGGAGACGCAUUACGCCACCGCAUGCAGCUCUACAGAGAUCAACGGAGGCUGACUCCCGCACACCUACCACCAAGCCCACCCAAGAGCACGACCUACAGUACAAGACACUGCUCCAGCGUUGCAGCUAUGCCUGCUAUACUUACCUAACUUCCGUGAGAGGACCACAAUGCUUGGGCCGACUACUUACAGCUGAGGUGCUGAAACUAUGA